AACAGUGGCUUAAAUCCCCAGUGGGAAAGUAGAGUUAGCCCAAGUUCCUGUAUUAGGUUUCGGUCGCUCACCCUCAGAAAGAAAAUAUUUCACCCAACACCUUAGUCUGCUGAAUCGUUGCCAAAGCUGCGCAUUUCUGUCCUAGAUGUAAACUUCCAAAUAGUUUGUAAUUGGGAAUUACUGAAGUGAGACUGUAGCGUAAAAAGUUCGCCAUUCAACAGGUAACGCUGUAGGAAGCGCGUAGAGCUUUACAGAGGUAUCGUACUUUCAGGAGAACAGGACCUAAAGCCUUUGCAUAGGGUUCUCUGUUCUCCACAAAGUGUCAUUCAUAAUGCAGAGAGAAAAGACAACUCCCUUGGUUCCUCCAAGGCCUACCAAAGAGGAACUUGAUAAUCCCAUCAAACACAGCCUGGGAAUGGAUCCAGAUAUCGAAUACAAGACAGAAUGGUACUACCCAUUGAAUAACAAUGAAGGAAGUAGUGAGCUUGCUCCAAAAAAGAAAUCGGGCAUGAUGGGAAUGAUGCAGAAAGUCAACCCAUUCAAAUCGUCCGCACAGAGCUCCUCGGCAGGGCCCAAAGUGGAGGCCACAGCGGUGAGGGACACAGAGGGACAAGGCCCAGGCACUCAACAGGUCACUCAACAGAAUCCUGGAAUGUUUGUGGGUGUCAUGCAGAAAGUCAACCCCUUCAAGUCGUCUGGAGAAACGAGAAAGGCUGAACCCCUGCUUGACAACGUAGAGGAUCAGACGUCAGACAAGCAGAAUUCUGGAACAUUCAUGGGGAUGAUGCAGAAGGUCAAUCCAUUUAAGUCAACAGCUCAGACCAAAAGAGAUGAGCUGGAGCCAUCCGCACACCAAGCAACAGAGAAGAGGUUCCCUUCCACAGAGGAGAUGGCAGACGACCGAGAGAGCAAACAGGCUCCUGGAAUGUUUAUGGGUGUGAUACAAAAAGUGAAUCCCUUUAAGUCAUCACAGCAGCAGGGUAAACAAGAUGAGCAGUUGGUUGAUCCCGCCGAACCAGCUGAGCGGAAAGUGGAGGAGAAACAGAGCCCAGGGAUGUUCAGGGGUGUCAUGCAAAAAGUCAAUCCAUUCAAAUCCACCACCCAGGACAGCCAAUCAUUGAAGAGUGACUCGUCCAUCAGCUCUGAUAGUUUGGCAGAUACCAAGCAGCAGACAGUUAAGGGUGUGACCGAUGGAGAACCAAAGCCAACAGACAGGAGGAGGAAAACCAAAGGGACUUUCAUAAUCCGAAGGAUUCUCCCUGGUGCCUUGUUUGGUUCUGCCUCAAAGGAGAGUGAGCAGCAGUCAUCUGAACCUGGAGAAGAGCAACCUGAUGCACAGGACCAGACUGUGGAGAUCCUGCCUGUGGAGAUGGCAGAGGUACCAGUACCAGGCCAAGGCAAUCCUCUGGAGGAUGAGGCAGAUGAAGAUGGUCUACUGGGCUGGUGGAGAACAGUGGAAGGUUGGGACGAGUGGAAUGAGUCUACAGGUUUUGAAGAGGGCGAUGAGGAACUUGCUGUGGAGGCGGCGGCUGACCGUGUCUUCAUGGCGGCGCGUCUCUUCGUGCGCCUCUUCAACAUGCGCGGCGGCUCUCUGCAAGGCCGCAUCCUGGAGCUGCUGGCCCUGGCCGACGCCGCCGACUCCUUCCACAAGAAGACGGUGACGGCCAGCGUGGGGGGCGGCGUGGCCAGCGUGGCGGGCAGCAUCACCACCAUCACCGGCCUGGUGCUGGCGCCCUUCACCCUGGGCACCUCGCUCAUCGUCACGGCGGUGGGCAUCGGCGUGGCGACGGCCGGCGGACUCACCUCGGCCUCGGCCAACAUCACCGACACGGUGCACUCCAAGACCGACCGCAAGAAGGUGGAGCAAAUGAUCCAGGACUACCAGGAGGAGAUCAAAGACAUCAAGGAGUGCCUGGACUUUCUGCAGACGGGUAUGGAGACUCUGGAGGAGUGGCACUUUGAGCAGUACAUGGAGAGCCUGUCCAAGCGCGCAAUGAAUCAGAACGUCAAGCAUGUCAUGAAGGAGGGCGGGCGUGCGGGCAAGGCGCUGCUCAUCAACACCGAGUCGCUGGUGAGCACGGUGCAGGUCCUGAGCGUGGCGGGCAGCGCGGCCAAGGCGGCGCAGGUGAUGAGCGUGACCACGGGCGUGAUGUCGGGCCUCUUCCUGGCGCUGGACGUCUUCUUCCUGGCCAAGGACUCGGCGGAGCUGCGCAAGGGCGCCAAGACGGAGUUCGCCGCCAAGCUGCGCGAGGUCUGCAAGGACCUGCAGGACGGCCUGCUGGAGCUCAACCACAUCAAGGGGGAGCUGCAGAAGACCAUGGACGGGAUCGAGGUGGACGUGGAGGAGGAGGAGAGUGAGAGUGAGGAUGAGGAGGAGGAGGAUGAUGAAGAGUUGUUGAAGUCUGAUCCAAAGAAGCUUGCCCAGCUUGAGGAAUAGUCGUGGAUGUCCCUCAUGUUGAGUGGUGUUGAUGGAGCAACUCUCUUUCCUUCUUUAACUUUUCUUUGACUCCUCCUCCUCCUCCUCCUCCUCCUCCUCUCUCACACUCUCUCUCUUCCUCUCUCCUCUCUCUCUCUCUCUCUCUCUCUCUCUCUCUCUCUCUCUUUCACACACACACACACACACACACACACACACACACACACACACACACAUACAAUUUUGUCUUGGUAAUGAGCCUCUGUGUGCUUCAGUUCAGUCUCAGUGAUUCUCACUGCCUCACAUCACCUGGGACAAUGCAAAUGAGAACUAAAUCCAAAGAACACACCACCACACCACUUUCUACACUCAUCUUGUGCCAUUUUUCAUAUUUAUCUGUGCCACACACACAUACUGUAUAGCAGGGCUGUACACUAAGCUUUUUCACUAGGAGCACAGGUGCUCCUAAAUGAAAAAGUUUAGGAGCACAGAAAACUAUGAAGGAGCACUAUGAAAUUUCCUUGAAAACCUUCUUGCCAUAAGCAGGAUACAGAUCAUUCACAGCAGUGGCAAUCAUAGUCUCUGCUCAAACCCUACACACACACAGAAAAUGGCUUGUCUUGUUUCUAUUUCAUAUUUUGAAUUCAGAAUUUGUAUACAUUUUGUUAUCAAUUUAUAGCAUUUUAGGAUCUGCAUAAUUACUUAUAGCUUAAAAUAUUCAGUAAACUGAAUACUUCAUAUUGAUUACACUGUAAUGAUAUUACAGGGGUGGUGUGUAGGUCUAAUUGAGUGCCUGUCACUUUAAGAUGUACGUGAACAUAAUUACAGUAGGUUUCAUUCGGUUUUAGGAAAAGAGUCAAGCAUAGUUCAAGGAUACAUCAUGUUUUCAUUAAAUAACUUAAAUGUUCAAAAAACGAACAAAGGUAAAGACAAAUAUUUCUGGUGUAAUUGAAAAGAUGAGUGUCCACUGUCCAGUAACGUUAACUUCUAUGAUUUAGGUAGCCUAGUACCAUGGCAUGGCAUCGUGAGUUGUCACUUUUUCCUUGGUCAUGUUUAAUUGGCUGGGUGCAACUUACUCUACCAUGACUCGUCUUGGAGUUUGGUAGGCUAUAUCUGUUAUAUCCAAUGAGUGACAACCAGAGCUCAAAAUAAAACGUAUUCUCCUGAUAACGUAAGUGGAAUUAAUGUGAAUGUAACCUCCAUACAAAGACGCAGAGUGGCUAUAUGAUGCGCACAUUUGCAAUGAAAAUGUUCCGCCUUUUUAAAGCAGGUGUAGCCUACACCAACUCGUGGUUAAAUACAUCAUUUCGACAACAGAAUCAGUCGGAUUUCUUUCAUAGAAGUCAACCAGGCCUAUGUCAAAUGCAGGCUGGGGUGAAGCUACUGUAACACGGUUUCCACACCGUGUUUAUCAACCGUGAUAAUAAUAAUAUUUGAAAUGAACACGGUAAUUGUAGGCUAUAGUCAACAUUCUUAUCAUGGUUUGCCGUUUCAACGGUAGGCUAAUCGCUACAAAGUCACCAACUGAUAACGAACAGAUUGAAGAAAAAGAAUGGUUUUGGAGUGACAUUUCUUGCGUGUGUGAGAGACAGCGAGGUUGAUGCUGAAAGCGUGAGUUUCCAGCCAGGAGCGUUAGAGUAAGUCAACUAUGAAAUUUGUAUACAGAUGCGCGAAAAUUGUAGCCUAGUAGCCUAUACUUUGAUCCACUUGGUGUGGAUUUUUAGGAGCAAAAUGCGAAUAAAAGGUUUGAAUUCAGUACUCGCACUUGUGCUCCCAUUUCAUAUUUUCAAUUAGCACUAAUAUAUAUUUACUCGCAUUUGCGACGAGGUGCUCGCAGCGUACAGCCCUGCUGUAUAGGAAGAACAAACAGCGCAGCGUUACUCAUGUGGAAAAGCUUCUCUUUGUUCCAGCUCUUUUGUCAAGGCACACUCAUGGCUUUAAUUGCCUUUGAUGAUGGUGUUAGUUGCAAUGAGAGUGGGUGCGGUAUACUCAUGCAGUGAGUGUGACGUCACUGAGGGACUCAUGCCAAAAUGUCUUGAUAGUGUAUUCGUGUGACCCUCAAAAACAGGUCCAGCUUCAUUCCAGAUCUCUUUGAAUGGAGUCAAGAGGCGUCACAGAAAUAGUUAAUGUGUUUGUUGUCGUGCUCAUCAGAGAAACCAAUUACAACAGCAAGAAGGUAUGCACAAAUAUUGCGACAACAGAAAUUGUAAAGGUGGUAUUUCUUACAUACAUGUCUAAUUUGAAAUUUCGACCCAGCAUUUUUGCUGUGACCAAGUAGGAAGGGAAUCAAAGUUUAUAAUGAGAAUAAGAACUCAUAAUCACGACAAUCAUUCAAAUGAAGAAAUGAAUAAGACUAGAUAUACUGUUCCGAACUAGUGGGACUAGUGAGACCGGAAUAGAAUGUGUCACAUGGAUGCUGUUGACCACAAUCAGCACACAUGACAUACUUGAGUGUAUGAAGUCACACACGUACAUGUACAGUAGGCCACUGCCAGUUGAGAGUCUGAGUCAUGGCAUUGAUUGAACUAUCCUGUUCAGAAGAAAGAAAUGUCGGUACAUGUGCACUUGUCUGAGGUGUGCGUAAAAUAUGCUAAUCCGCCUGUUUGCGUUCAUGUCUAUUUGAAGUAGACGAAAAACCGCUGGUUACGUUACGUCAAGGAAACUAUAGUUACACGACCAGCACGUCAUGUUUGUUCACUGGUAUUGCACAAUAUUCUGGUGUGUGUCACAUUUAUUCUAGGAGUUACAUGAUGUCCAGACUGUUUGUUUGCCAGUUUGUAUGUCUUUUUUUGUUAUUUUUCCAAUUUACAUCGCACAUUAGGUUAUUUUUCGACUCACUGAAGUGCCUGUUAGAUAGAUAGAUAGACAGGGUGUAGGUUACAUAAAAACAGCACUGUUUUUGUAUUGCCAAAUAUUUUUUCUGGUGUAGGUUGGGGAGAACUAGUACUGUAUAUGUAUAAUUUAAUAAUUUAUUGACUUUUGUGGCAUCACAACUUCUCAAAGCUAUAUUUUACUUAAUUAUUAAUGAAAGGUUUUACUCGAUUUGUAGCUGUCACAAGCCAGUAAAGAUGAUUUUGCUGAAAUGGAUUUUAAAAUUUAGAAGUAGUAGUAUGUUCUUUGUGAAGAAUCCCAUCUUCUGAAGCAAUCAUCACGUUUGAUUUUUAAAUCCUUUUCUCAUUGUACUGCAUUUUAUCAAUAGACAUUUGUACAAUGUUAAUGUAUUUUGGAAAUAUAAAUAAAAUGCUAUUUGCC